AUGUCCAAAGACACCUCAUCUAAAUCAUUAAAGCCUUUUUUUUACUUUCAAGUUCUUGCUAAAGAAGUUCAAAUUCUUAAGACUCGAAAUCAAGCCCUUUCUGAACAGAACAAGAAUCUUAGUAAAGAGAUUAGUACCCUCUGUACUCUACUCUUUCAACUUUCUGAUAUUGUUUUCAAGGUUAUAAUCUUUGCUAUUUAUCUUCACGCCACUGUUUUGCAAUCUAAUAAGAUUCUUGAUCAAGAUAACAAUAUUCUUGUUCCUAACAAAAGUUUAUCCACUUUCCAAGAUCCAUUUCUUUCCAAAGGCUCUCAAGAUUUAUUUAAAGACCUUUUCAAUUUAUUGGUUGAGGAUCCAAAAGCCUCCAAAAUCUCUGAGCUUCCUGAUUUUUUUGAUAAUUUAGAUUUUAAUACUCCUGACAAGAAAUUAUCAUCAUAG